AUGGCUGCUCAAGGUGAUCAUGUGGAUUCGGCUCGAAUCCUCCUCUAUCACCGAGCGCCAGUCGAUGAUGUCACAGUUGACUACCUAACACCUCUCCACGUUGCAGCUCAUUGUGGGCACGUUAGGGUAGCAAAACUGCUUCUCGAUCGUAACGCUGAUCCUAAUGCCCGAGCGUUAAAUGGCUUUACACCGUUGCAUAUUGCUUGCAAAAAGAACAGAAUCAAGGUGGUAGAACUACUAUUGAAGUACCAUGCUGCCAUCGAAGCCACCACGGAAUCAGGCUUAUCACCUCUUCAUGUGGCUUCGUUUAUGGGAGCUAUCAAUAUCGUCAUCUAUCUGCUACAGCAGGGUGCAAAUCCUGAUGUAGCAACGGUCCGCGGCGAAACACCCUUACAUUUGGCAGCACGUGCAAAUCAAACUGACGUUGUCCGUGUUUUGAUCAGAAAUGGUGCCAAGGUUGAUGCUCAAGCGCGCGAGCUUCAAACACCUUUGCACAUCGCUAGUCGACUCGGUAAUACGGAUAUCGUCGUCUUGCUGCUACAGGCUGGUGCCAACUCCAAUGCGGCCACUAGGGACCAAUAUACACCACUGCAUAUUGCCGCUAAGGAAGGACAGGAAGAGGUAGCAGCGAUACUUCUCGACCACAAUGCCGAAAAGGGUGUUUUGACGAAGAAAGGUUUCACUCCGCUUCAUCUGGCCAGCAAAUACGGAAACGUUGAGGUGGCUAAAUUGCUACUAGAACGCGGUACACCAGUAGAUAUCGAA